UUGGAUUUUGACUUGUUAAGGCUUCCGUCGACAGCGACGUUUUGGGUGGCAAGAAUACGUGGCUAUAUUUGCACCCAGUUAGCCAUGUCAACUGAUGCCUUAAAGAAGCGAAAGUCAAAGGUCAUCCGCGGGGAAGGAGGAAACCCAGAGACGAAGCGAGGCCGGGGGGAGGUAGAUCAGGAUGUGCGUUCCUAUAAUGAGGAGGGGGAGCUGGACGGCAGGGACCCUGAGUACGACUACCAGCAGUACAAAGAGUCCUGUGAUAGUUUGGCCAAACUCAUGAGCGAGAUCCAGGAGCUAAAGGCUAAUGGAGCCAAGGAGGGGAAUGCGGAGGUGGAGCUGAGACGCAUGCAGGGCUGCAUCCACUUUAUGAACCUGAAAAAACUCAACCGCCUGGCUCACAUGAGGCUAAAGAAAGGAAGAGACCAGACCCAUGAGGCAAAACAAAAGGUGGAUGUGCUUCAUCUUCAGUUGCAGAACCUGCUCUAUGAAGUCAUGCAUCUUCAGAAGGAGAUCAGCAAGUGUCUGGAGUUCAAAUCCAAGCAUGAAGAAAUUGACUUGGUGAGUGAAGAGGAGUUCUACCAGGAUGCUCCGGAGGAGAUUUCCAGGCCUAACCUCACAAGAAAUGAUCUCCACCAGCUCACUCUGGCGAGGCUGGACUGGGAGCUUGAACAGAGGAAGAGGUUGGCGGAGAAAUACAAGGAGUCACUAUCUAUGAAGGAGAAAAUUCAGAAGAGCAUUGAGGUGAAGAAGGAGCAUCUGAGAAGCCUUCAGCCGGGACUCAACGGCAUCAUGCAGGCGUCUCUCCCAGUGCAGGACUACCUGUCCAUGCCGUUUGAAAAGACCCAAAAGCAGGCAGAGAUAGCUCGCCACCUUCCUCCACCGCUCUACGUACUUUUUGUUCAAGCAAAUGCUUACGGCGAAGCAUGUGACAAGAACCUGAGUGUGUCCAUCUGUGGUGACGUGGACGAAGCCAGGGCUCUUUCCAAACCUCCUGAUGAUUCUCAAGAUGAUGAGAGCGAUUCAGAUGCAGAGGAGGAGCAGGAGAAAACAAAGAGAAGGAGGCCGACCGUGGGUGGACAGCUGGACGACAAAAGACGAGAGAUGCUUAAAAGACAUCCUCUGUCUCUUAACCUGGACCUUCAGUGCAAAGAUGGCAGCACUCUGCAUCUCUACUUCUUCUACCUGAUGAAUCUGAAUAUUAUGACUGUUAAGACUAAAGUCUCAACCUCUACUGACCUCAACACGGCAAUCAGCGCUGGAGAGCUUCUUAAAUCCGACACUCUCCUCAGCUGUCUCUACUCCAGCGACCAGGGAAGAGAAACCCCCAAUCCAGCAAAUCGCUACCAGUUUGAUAAAGUUGGGAUAGUUUCUUUCUCUGAUUAUGUGGAUGAGCUGGGAUAUCCCUACAUGUGGGUUCAGAAUCUGGGAGGGCUUCAUUUUCCUAGUGAAACAUCAGAGGGCGUAUUGGUGGGCAGUUCCCUUAGCGCCAGUCACAUGGAGAGUACCAUGAAGCUACUGAAGGGACGAGUCCAGUCCCGCUUGGCUCUGAACAAACAGUUUGCUUCUUUAGAGCACAGCAUCAUCCCAAUCACCAGCGAGUGUCAGCACCUCUUUCCUGCCAAGAUCGUCUCCCGUUUGGCUCGCUGGACCACCAUCAGCCAGCAGGAGUACACGGAACUGUCCUUUACUCGCCAUGUUAGUGAAGCAGGACUGGCCAGGGAGACGGAUCUGUACUUUAUGGGUGUCGUCGAAAGAGGCACAGCCCGUCUGCACGCUGCUGUGGUCCUGAGUCCCCGCUACCCAGAGAUUUCUCCGCUGUUCUCCCUGUCCCUCAACUGGAAAGGAGAGCGCAGUGGACGCACCGACGACAACCUGAGAGCCAUGGAGAGUGAAGUGAAUGUGUUCAAAAAUGAGCUACAGGGACCAAAACCAGGACACCAGCUCCUGACCAAUCAGAUUGCACGGCUGUGUGUCUGUUUGGAUGUUUACUUGGAGACAGAAGUGCAAGAUGACAGUGUGGAGGGACCCCGUGAGUUCCCACGAGAAAAGAUGUGUCUGCGCACCGUCAGGGGUCCAAACCGGCUGAAGCCGUUCAAGUAUAAUCACCCUCAGGGCUUCUUCAGUCACCGUUGAACCUGCGUAAAAUGUAAUAAAAGUUUGUACCUCUUUGCAACAUGGUCUCCUUUUUAAACAUUUUCUUAAUAAAUUCUUGAACACCUCUCUGGUGCAU